CAUCAAAUUUGCUUCGAUUUUUGAUCCGGGAUUUUCUUUUUUUCAUAUUUCUGAUUGUGAAUCAAUGUUGGGUUUAGGCAUAUCAAUCUUAAUAGCUAUAAAAGCAACAGCAUGGCUAUCAUUAUAUCUGAUCUUCACUAGAUUUGGGUUCACAGUGUUGUCGAUACCGUUUCUGUAUGCAUCGUUGAUUUCAUGUCUGGUUUCCAUUGCUUCUCACCCUUCAAUCAAUCUUCCCAUGCUCUUGGGCAAAAACCCAGAUGGGACUUUCCCCAUUUUGUCAACCAGCUUGUUCUUCCCGUAUCUGUACUUCGUCAGAGCUUUUUCAAUGGUGAGGAGAUUCUUCAGUGGUGAAGAACCUUACACCCAAGUUUGUGAGGGUUUAUACGUUGGUGGUUGGCCUGCUUCACCUCGCUUGUUGCCGCCUGGUAACCCUGCCAUUAUUGAUUGCACAUCUGAAUUCCCAAGACUGAAGGAGUUUAAGGGUCAUCCAUAUUUAUGUGUUCCAACUUGGGACACUAGGGCACCUCAGCCUGGCCAGAUUGAAUCGGCUGUUAAGUGGGCUUGUCGAAUUCGAGCUCGAAAUCAGCCUGUUUUCGUCCACUGUGCAUAUGGUCAUGGGAGAAGUGUUGCAGUGAUGUGUGCAUUACUGGUGGCUUUAGGCAUCGUCGAAAACUGGAAAGCCGCUGAAAAAUACAUACGAAAAAGGCGACCAUAUAUCAAAAUGAACUCUCUUCACCACAAAGCUUUAGAAGAAUGGUCUAGUUCUAGACUAUCUCCACCAAAGAGAAAUGAAGAGCUGGAUGUAAAUUCAUUUAGUCAAUCAAAUCCCGCUGGUAACACAAUGCCUUCAAUUGUGGAAAGCAAAGUUGAAUGACCUUUU